CAUCAUCACUACAAAAAAACCCAAACAAACCAUCCUGAACUCUCCUCUCCUGCAUACAACCACGAAGAUCAAAUAAAAAAACAUGGCUUCUUCUUCUUCUUCUUCUUCUUCUUCUUCUUCUUCUUCUUCUUCUGCUUCCAAGUUGUUCCUCGUUGCUGUCUUCCUCGCCGUCGCAGUCUGCAACAUGGAAAACGGAGUGGCGGCUCGACAGCUCCUUCAACUGCCACAACCCGCACUGCCUCCUAUGCCAACCAUCCCAGCGGGGUUGCCAUGCACACCACUCCCAAUUCCGGUGCCGUUCCCAAUCCCACCAUGCCGACGACCGUUAAUUCCUACCAGGCCAACCCUGCCGCCAUUGCCCAGCGGUUUUCCUUCCAUCCCCGGCCUUACCCCGGCAGCUGGUCCCGCCGGCAACUGAGUGGAAGUCGCUAGCUAGUUACUACUAUAUAUAUGUUGGUCGAUAUUAUAUAAUGUGUUUCGGAGUUGACGAUGAUUGCAAGUUGUACGUUAUGCCCCCUUGGGAUUACUAGUCUUAGUCUAGAGGGCUAGCUCAUUGUUUGUUUGGUUAUUAUUUGAGUUUCAUGGGUUGUAUACUUCUUUGUACGUAGUACUAUUGUACCUCGUAUCAUUUGUCCGUUUCUCGUUUUUUAUUUAUUUAUUAAUCAUAUCACUUCGUUGUUAUUCGUACGUGUACACAUGAUGCAAUUGAUCUAUUGGAUGUUCUCAUAUAUUUUCGGAUAAAAUGACCAGAAAUGA